AACAAAUUCGACCGAAGCCACUAGAAGAAAAAGAAGUGCCGAAGAGAAAAUUGUGCCAUUUUUGGAAUAAUUUCGCUGUGAAAAUUGGAUUUUUCUUGCGUAAAACGUCUCCUGUCGUGUGGAAGCUACGUUUCACACUAGUGGAAAUUGUGAUUUUGUAGUAUUAUUAGGUUUCUUGGUGGUUUUUUCACUGUCGAAGUUUUGUAGGCGUUUACAGUUUCAAAGCUGGCUACCGCGACGAUGUCAGCCCAGCAAAGCCCCGCUAGCUUGCAAGCGGCGGCCAACAGCGAGAAAGUAUUCCAGUGGAUCAACGAAUUGUCGAAUCCAGAGACACGUGAAACUGCUCUGCUGGAGCUAAGCAAGAAACGAGAAUCGGUACCGGAUCUAGCUCCAAUGCUGUGGCACAGCUUCGGUACUACGGCUGCACUGUUGCAAGAAAUUAUCAACAUUUAUCCAUCGAUAAAUCCGGCAACCCUUACGGCACACCAAUCGAACCGGGUGUGCAAUGCGCUGGCACUGUUGCAGUGCGUUGCCUCGCAUCCGGAAACCAGAUCUGUCUUCCUUGCCGCACACAUACCGUUGUUCUUGUAUCCGUUUCUUCAUACCACCUCGAAAACACGCCCAUUUGAGUACUUGCGGCUAACCUCACUGGGUGUGAUCGGUGCUCUGGUUAAGACCGAUGAACAGGAGGUUAUUACUUUCCUUCUAACCACGGAAAUCAUUCCACUCUGCCUGCGAAUCAUGGAGUCCGGAUCGGAACUGAGCAAAACCGUUGCUACGUUUAUUUUGCAGAAGAUUUUGCUGGACGAUAGUGGAUUGUCGUACAUUUGCCACACUUACGAUAGGUUUUCACAUGUGGCUAUUAUUCUGGGCAAAAUGGUAAUCUCUCUGUCAAAAGAACCCUCCGCAAGGCUGUUGAAACAUGUCGUUCGUUGCUACCUCAGAUUGUCGGACAAUCCACGAGCACGCGAAGCGCUCCGCCAGUGCCUGCCGGAUCAGUUACGGGACGGAACGUUUGCUGCCUGUCUGCAGGAGGACAAGUCGACCAAACCGUGGCUUACGCUGCUGCUGAAGAAUUUGGAAACCGUCUCGGUUGCGGGCAUUUCUCCGUUGACCUCCUAAUGCGACUGGAAGCGUGCCGAAUGGAAGUAGAUGUGUGAAUGUUGUAACAGAGCGUCCGAGUGUGCAUAACUGGGCAGGCAUGCUAGCAUGGCCUUUGUAUGAAUGAAUCGCAUAAAUAAAAAAGAGAGGAAAAAUCCACCCUUGGCUCUGCUAUCAGCGCAUUAUUCCGUGCCCAAGGACCACGCGAAAAUGAACCUGUGUUCCUGAACCUGAUCGAACCACGUGACCACCAGUCAAAUACUGAUUCAGUUUAAAAACUUAUGUUUGUAUAUUGAGAUGAAUUUGCUUGCUAAAUGUUUCCCCGAAGGAGAAACCUUUAUCGAACGUUCUCUUUAGGUUAGCGGUUUACGAGAAGUUUUUUUUCCACUUGCGGUUUUUGAUAACCAACAGUGGCUUAUACGUGUUUUAAACAGUUUACGGUAUAGAAUCAAACUGAAUUGUGAGUAAGACCUAGGGUAAGCGUUAGUACGAAAAUUUUCCAAGAAAAACGAAACGUUCUAGAUUAUGAACCUCGAUAGUCACAUAACUGAAUUAGGUAAAAUUAUUGUACAUUGGUCUGGAACAUCAUGAAGAAACUAAAUUUCAAACCUAAACUUGCACAGUGCAAGCUAUCGAUUAUUAUAUUCAUAUUUGUGCAAGCGUAAAUUAGAGCUGCUAAUAGAGUAGGGUAAAUACGAGCAAAAUUGAGACUGCGUCGAUGUGAGGAAGCUUAUCGUUUAAGUAUGAAAUAGAAGGAUGUUUUUAAUAUAUUAUGCGUUUGAAACUCCUUUUGCUUUACGUCUUCACAAUUGUACACCGCGUCUAGAAAAUAUGUUUGCAAGUGAUUUUUUUUUGUAUUAUCUUAUUUACUCUGUUACUCUGUCCAAAGUGUCCAACUUUUAUUGCGUUUUCGUUUGCAAAUGAACUCAUAGCUCUCGUUAAACCAAUGCUGUAAGUUAAGCGAUAUUGAUUCCAUACGACAUUAAUACUUUUAUAGUGAUUUAAGUGAUAUGUUCGAUUAAUAUAUAC